AUGCCGGAAAGCGACGAGAAGAAGGCGGGAUCGGGCACAGAUUCGAGCAGUGGGGUCCAGUCGAAAUCCGAGGAGUCUGUGCCGCACGAGGUAUUGAAAACGCGCUCCAAUAAUAACUUUCGAAGUACACUAGAGCGCAUUAGUGGCACCAGAAACUGGUUAAAAGAGUUCAGACUGUGAUCCUUUGCAGGUGUGCCGGAAAUGGGGAUCCCUCGUGUACAAGGUCUACGAGUGAGCAAUUUCUCUGAGUUUAAACCCGAAAUCUGGAAUUUCAGACGAAUGGUCCGCGAAUCGGAGGUCUCGUUCUUCGUGUCGACUCCCCAAAUGAUCAGCAAUAUCGGUUUUCUGUUGGGCGCCUGCGGAAUCAAGGUUUCAGUGUAUUAUUUGUAGUCGUGGAGACUGUUAAGGCAUCUUCAGGAAACGGAAAGCGUCGUGGAUUGCUAUGACGCCGGAUGCGGAAAAACGGACGUAAGUGCGCUCCAAUGAGAAUCGAGAUGAUAUUGGACACAGAUCGACUCGCUGAUCGACUAUACUCAAAAGUUCGCGCACAGUUGGAGUGCCGAGUUUCGCAAUCUUUGUGGAGGUUUCCAAGAUACUCUCGGGGGGCGAAUUUGAGAAUUUAAAAGUAUUUCAGGAAAACACUACGAAGCUCGCCGAGUCUACGCUCAUCCGAAGUUUGUGCAUCCGCACGACGAAGACGUUUUCAAGCUUUUCAAGCAUUUUCGUGUACAAGAAAAGGUUUUCGAAGGGAACGCCGAAGUAAAACUCUGGCUCGCGCACGCCCUGAAAGUGAGUGGAGCACGUUCGUAUACAGUAUACCCAAUUGAAUUCAGAUAGAAGUGAGCUCGAGCCAGAAGCCGUUGAUCAUGUGGAAGUGGGGAUUGUCUCCGAUCGACCAGAUCAAACAACGCAAAAUGGGUCUCGCCGCGUUCGAAGAGCUCGGCUCGAAAGUGCGACAGACGGAGACGAAGAAGACGGGCGGAAAGUACGAUUUCGCGUCGUGGCGGCCGGCGCAAGAUUCGGACGAAGGGGAGAAGAAGGCGCCGAUUCUCGUGUGGACGAACCAUGCGAUCGUGGAAAUGCCCAGCGAGAUGUUCGACGCGGAGAGGAUCUGGACGUGGAACAAAUUAGAGUAUUAUCGGAUUCAAGAGACGCCCGUCAGGAAGAUCAGUGUUGUGGCCGGAGAGUACGGUAGGCGAAAUUGCUAUAAAUAGAGCUGAUAACUUUUUGCUAUCUCAACACACACUCCCAUUUCCAGACUUCCACACUCUGAUCCUUCCCACCGCAAAUCGCUCCCUCCUCCUCUUUCUCUUUUACAACCACGACGGCCAAAUGUGCUCUCUGGACACUCUCAAAGAUCUCGUGACCGCUUUUCAGAACCGCGCGCCCGUUAUUCUCCGAAAACGGAAUAGUGUCAGUGAAUACUCGGUCCGCUCUGCCUUCACUUUCCCGUUUUCAGGCGGAUGUGAAAGAGAAGAGGACGAUUUACGUGCCGAAAUGGGAGCACAAGGAUCUGCCGGCGAGCCGCGUGGCCGAUCACAUGAUGGCCUCGCUCAACGUGCUCUCCUUCUUCCGCGCCGGCGGAUUCGGCGGUCUCGCCCAUCCGGACGCUGUUCCCUCCUCGUCCGGCGACCCGAAAAAAGUGAGCCACAUCCAGCACUACGGCCUUUUUUCGUUCCUCAACGCCCAGCAAGAGCCGAACUCCCAACCGCCGUGAGCUCUUUUCUUUUCCCAUUUCAAAUUGGCCUUUGUUCCAAUUUCAGCUCGAGUUCGCUUAUUGCUCCUGGAGCUCCGAAAUCGAAAAAGACGGACAAAUUCAGGAAAAUGCCAAUCGAAGAGCCGGACGGUGAGCUCUUUUCGUUAGAUUGUGAAUAUUCAGAAUCCGUUUGCAGCGUCCUCCGUCGAAUUCGUUCCAUUUCCGUUCUGUCUGAUCGUUUGGGACUGCCAUCGAGAUCUGCCGGCCUACAUGGGAAAGUGAGUACAGUAAUCCGCUCUACAGUAACCCGUUUUGUCUUUCAGACUGACUGGAGAGCCGACGGAGCAAGAGUUGGAGGAGCGGAAAAGAGAAAAGUCUGCAAAGCAGAAGAACCAGAUCUGCAGUAUUUGUUAA